GGGAGAGAUAGAGUGGUGUAGUCACCCUGUGUAGUUCACUACCUAGUGAAAGAGGAGAGAUUUGGGAUUGGGUCUCAGUAACCCUGGUGGAGCUGCUAACCCGUGAACACAGGCUCCUUUUGUAGAACAUUUAUGACCUUCUAAUGGAGUCAGCAGAGGUCCAACCAUGUUCCUGCAGAGAAGCUCCACAUACUCCUGCUGCUGUCUCACAGGCUUGUAGUGAUGCACAGCCUGAAACCUCUGCAGAUACAGAUGGAGGAACAUCAUGCUCUAUGUGUCUCAUCAACCACGUGGACCAACAUAAACAAAUAAAGAAGGAAGAACCUGAGGAUGAAGGCUACAUAUAUGGUGAAAUAUCAGGUGAUGCAACACCAAACCCUGUGGGACACAUCACCCCUGUGAAAGAACAUAAUUAUGCCAAAAAGGAAGAACCUAAAAAUGAAGACUAUCUCUGUGGAGAAACAUCAGGCUCUGUGGACACUGUAGACCAACUGAGAGGAUUUCAUAUCAAGCUUGUAAAAAAAGAAGAGUCUGAAGAUGAAGACUUUCUCUGUACAAAAACAGAGUGGGAAAAAGACAAUGCCCAGCUACCAGUCUUCUCCUGCUUCUGGUGUUCACUUUCUUAUCCAUCUCAACAGUGCCUCCACAAGCACAUCACAAGCUGCCACUCCAAGGAAUAUGAGAGAUUGAUAAAUUCAGGAGAGACAAUAUAUCAGAAUGUUUUGCCAUCAAGAAGCCCCAAUAUUGAGCAAGAUAUCUACCAGUGCUCACAUUGUGAGAAGAGUUUUACUGGCCAGAAGAAUCUCAUCAUACACCAGCGCAUUCAUACUGGAGAGAAAAGCCAUCACUGUUCAGACUGUGGGAAAACCUUUGGCCAUCCCAGUAAUCUGAAAUACCACCAACGCCUUCACUCACUAAAGAAACUCCAUCACUGCUCAGAGUGUGGAAAGAAAUUUAAGCGAAAAAGUCAGCUCCAGACUCACCAGCGCAUUCACACAGGAGAGAAGCCGUAUCAGUGCUCACAGUGUGGAAAAUGUUUUGUCCAACAAAGUAUACUCAAACAACACCAACGCAUUCACACAGGAGAGAGGCCCUAUCACUGUUCAGAGUGUGGGAAGAGUUUUAUUCAUCAAAGAGAGCUCCAAGCUCACCGAUUUACUCACACUGGAGAAAAGCCUCAUCACUGCUCACAGUGUGGGAAAACCUUUGUAUAUCACAGCAGUCUCCGACAACACCAACGCAAUCACACAGGAGAGAAGCCCUAUCACUGUUUAGAGUGUGGGAAGAGUUUUAAUCAUCAAAGAGCGCUCCAGGCUCACCAGGUUACUCACACUGGAGAAAAGCCUCAUCACUGCUCACAGUGUGAGAAAAGUUUUGUACAUCACAGCAGUCUCCGACAACACCAACACAUUCACACAGGAGAAAAGCCCUUUCACUGUUCAGAGUGUGGGAAGAGUUUUAUUCGGAAAAGCCAUCUCAAGGCUCACCAACGCAUUCACACUGGAGAGAAACCAUAUCACUGCUCAGACUGUGGAAAAUCUUUUGGUCAACGCAAUAUUUUCAAACGGCACAAACAAGUUCACGUAGUAGAUAAGCUGUUUCAGUGCUCACAGUGUGGGAAGGGUUUUGAUUGCCAGAGAAAUUUAAAAAUGCACCAGGUCACUCACACUGGAGAAAAACCUUAUCAGUGCUCACAGUGUGGGAAAACUUUUGCCCAUGACAGCAGUCUCCAACGACACCAACGUGUUCACACAGGAGAGAGACGCUAUCACUGUUCAGAGUGUGGGAAAAGUUUUAUGCAGCAAAGUUAUCUCCAGAUUCACCAACGCAUUCACACAGGAGUAAAGCCUCAUCACUGUUCAGAAUGUGGGAAGAGUUUUAUUCAUCAAAGUGAUCUCCAGACUCACCAGCGCAUUCACACAGGAGAGAAACCCUAUCACUGUUUCCACUGUGAGAAGAGUUUCGCUCAGAGGAGUAAUCUCGAACAGCACCAACGCAUUCAUACAGGAGAGAAACCGUAUCACUGCUUCCACUGUGAGAAGAGUUUCGCCCAGCGGAGUAAUCUUAAACGACACCAACGCAUUCACACAGGAGAGAAGCCCCAUCACUGUUCAGAAUGUGGGAAGAGUUUUAUUCAUCAAAGUGAUCUCCAGAUUCACCAACGCAUUCACACAAGAGUAAAGCCCCAUCACUGUUCAGAAUGUGGGAAGAGUUUUUUUCAUCAAAGUGAUCUCCAGAUUCACCAACGCAUUCACACAGGAGAGAAACCGUAUCACUGCGUCCACUGUGAGAAGAGUUACCAGCGGAGUAAUCUUAAACGACACCAACGCAUUCACACAGGAGAGAAGCCCCAUCACUGUUCAGAAUGUGGGAAGAGUUUUAUUCAUCAAAGUGAUCUCCAGAUUCACCAACGCAUUCACACAAGAGUAAAGCCCCAUCACUGUUCAGAAUGUGGGAAGAGUUUUUUUCAUCAAAGUGAUCUCCAGAUUCACCAACGCAUUCACACAGGAGAGAAACCGUAUCACUGCGUCCACUGUGAGAAGAGUUUCGCCCAGCGGAGUAAUCUCAAACGACACCAACGCGUUCAUAAAGGGGAGAAUCAUCUUUUAGAUUGUGGGAAGAGUUUUAUUCAAUAAAUCUAUCUCCAGACUCACCAGGUCAUUUACACUGGAGAUCAGGAACAAUCAGGCCAACACUUUUUCACACUACUGUACACACACACACACACACACACACACACACACAGAUCAGGCAUAACAUCAUUAAUAACAUUGAGUGGUGAAGUGAAUAACACUGGUAUUCUCCUCAUUGUGGCACCUGUUAACAGGUGGAUAAAAGCGGCAAGUGAACAUUUUUCCUUAAAUUUCAAGUUCGAAGCAGGAAAAAUGGGCAAAUGUAAGGAUUUGAGGGAGUUUGACAAUUGACAGUGGUCAGUAUCUAUCAAAAAGGCUCCAAGAAAGGAACACUGGUGAACCAGCGGCAGGGUUGUGGCUGGCCGUGGUUUAUUGAUGCAUGUUGGAAGCAAAGGCUGGCCCGUGUGGUCCGAUCCAACAGACGAGAGCUCCUGUAGCUUAAAUUGCUAAUGAAGUUCAUGCUGUUGAUGCUUGACGGGUCUGGAGUGUUUGAGCAGAAAACGAGGGACCAACACAAUAUUUGGCAGGUGCUCAUAAUAUUAUUUCUGGUGGGUGUAAAAAAAAAAAAAACUGAGCAGGUGAAGGUUAAGGGCCUUAUCGCUGUGCUGUGAUUUGUUCUCACACGUUUCCAAUCAGAAGUCUGCCUUAUCCUUCUGAGCUUUCUCACUCAAACAACUUUCUUCAGCAGAAUAUUUCCGAUUUCAUAUAUUACAAGUUUUUUAAUAUAUUGAAGGGCACACUGAAUAUUUGGACAGUGGUAUGUUGGCAAUGGUAUGAUGGUCCAUCACAAGGAUUUACAACGACGGCUCUGGAGCAACAUGCCUCAUUUCAGCCCCCUGCUGUGUCUCCCUGCAACCUGGACAAAUUGACACGUAAAUAAAUGUUUUUUUAAACAGGU